AUGCCGAGCAUUGUGCGACAAGAUAGCCUUUGUUCGCAUGUUGAUCAAUUACGAUUUUUUGAUUUUCUCGAACCGAAUUUCGAUUUUAAAACAGCUAUGUCAAGAUUUGAACGUCAAGUUAGUUGGUUACCACUUGUUGCACCAACAGCUGAAUUUAAUUCAUCAUCAUCAAUUGAAAAUACUACAACAUUAGAUUCUAUAUGGCAACCGAAAUCUACAUACUUACCAAUAUUACCUGAAACACCAUUAUCAUUUGUCGAUGAUCAUCAUCAACAACAACAAGAAAUUAGCAUUGAUUCAAUAAUUGAUGAAAGAAAUUUAAGCAAUUUAUUAUCACCACCACAACAACAAACACCUGCUUUCAUAAAAACAUCAUCAACAACACGAUCAAAAUUACCAAUUCGAUCACAAGAAAAAAAUUCUCGAGCUAUAUCACCAUCACCAUAUGAGUCUUCAUUACCAUCACAAAAACGAACAAAAUCAUCAACAAAUAUUCAUGAAUCAGAACAAAUAGUACCUGGUGCUUCUCAAACUGCUCUUGAAGUAGCUGCUCUUCUUCAAGAACAUCCUGGUUAUAUGUGUCCUAUGUUAACACUUGUUCAAGAAUAUCAAAGUCGAUUUUGUAAACCAUUACAUAUGUCUGAAUUGAAUACAGCACGUGAUAUAAUUGAAAUUCAAUAUAAUGGUCAUAUGGGUUUUGCACGACUUGCACCAGCAUUUCGAGCAACAAUUGAAAGUGAUACACUUCCUGUUCGACUUGAACGUCCAUAUUGUACAAUACAUUGUCCAAUGAAUUUUGUUGUUAGUUCAACAUUGGAUUUACCAUUUGUUCGUUUAUCAUUACAAAUAUUUUCUGAAAAUGUUCAUUUUUUACUUUCUCAACAUGUUGGUUCUAUGCCAUUGGGCAGUUUUGUUCAAUGUUAUUCACAUUAUUUUCCACGUUUAAUUGAUGAUGAAUAUGGCAUACCACUUGAACAUUAUAUAACAUGUGUUAAAAAUGUGGAAAUUGUUACUGAUCAAGGUGUUAUUAAACGUAUACAAACAACAAUUACACCUUCAUUUUCUGUUCCACUUAAUCAUAUGGCAUUAGAUAAACGUUCAACAUCAUCAUCGUCAUCAUCAUCUUCAUCAUCAACUUGUUCAUUACAAACAUUUGCUCGUGAAGUAAUUGAUUUACUUAAACAACAAACAAAACAUUGUCGUUUACCAUUAUCAAAAUUUGUAACAACUUAUCAUAUGAAAUAUAGUCGACAUUGUCGAGCAGCUGAUUAUGGUUUUGAUAAAAUUCUUGAUUUAUUACUUGCUAUUCCAAAUGCUGUUCAAGUACUUGGUGAUGGUAAUAAACGUAUAUUAACACUUACACAUCGAUGUCAAGUUAAACGAUUUUUUAAUGAUCUUGUAAGAAUUUUAAAGAAUAAACCACAAAGAUCAAUGGCUAUUAGUGAAAUUCCAAACGAGUUUAGUAAUUUUAGUAAAAAACCAUUUGAUAUUAUUGAUUUUGGUGUUUGCUUUCUUGAUGAUCUUAUUGGGGAACUUAAAGAUAACAAAGAAGUUGUUAUCGAUCAAGAAUUUGGAAUAAUAAAACUUUAUCGAAAAGAACAAACCAAUGUUGAAAAAUUUGCCACACAAAUAUUUGCUGAUGAUAUUAUAAAUAUGUUUCGUCAUCAACAAGAUUUUAAUAUACCAUUUCAACGUUUUAUUCCAAUGUAUCAUCAUCAUUUUGGUUAUCAAUGUCGUGUACAAUUAUAUGGAUGUUUACGUUUAAUUGAUUUAUUUGAAGAAAUUCCACAUAUUGUUCAAAUAAUUGAAGAUAAAAAUGGUGAACGUAUUAUACAAUUAACUAAUGAUGCUAUUCAUCAAGCUGUUUUAUUAAAUAUAAUUCAACUUAUACGACAACAUGAUGGUUCAAUAGUAUUUGAUCAAUUAAUGAAAUUUUAUUCGGAAAUGUUUCGUUUUGAACUUAAUUAUGAAGAAAUGGGUUUUGAUUCUAUUGAAUCAAUGCUUGAAUCAAUGCAAAAUAAAUUAACUUGUGUACAAACAAAUAAGAAUACAGUAGUUAUUCGUGUUAUGGAAGAACAUCAUUCUGAAGUUGUAUUUGCUCGAAAUGUUGUACAUAUUCUUAUGGAAGCACAAGGUGAAACAACAAUUUGGUUGCUUAAGCAAGAAAUGGCUAAUCGAUAUAGACGUGAAUUAAAAAUUGAAGAUUGUCAAAAUCGACUUAAACAUUAUGUUGAAUUAAUUGGUCAAAAUGUUCGUCUUACACCACCAAUGCGAUUUGCAUAUGAAGUAGUUAAAGGAAUGCGUGCAUGUGGUUUAGAUAAAAUGAAUUAUGAAGAUUUUCUUAUUGAUUAUCAAUUACGUCAUGGUAAUCCGAAUUGUCCUAAUCCAGCUGAAUAUGGUUAUCCAACGAUCGAUCGUUUGUUUAAUGCAAUACGUAUUGUUGUUUUAACACGUGGUCAUCGACAAACAAAAACAAUAUCAUUAACAGAUGAAUUUCGAAUGCAUAUUCGACCAAGUUAUUCUCUUCAUUUUAACAACAAUAAUUCGUAA